GUAACAGAGUAAGUAGUGUAUUUCACUCCGAUGAGAAGAGUAGUAUUAGUUUAUGUGGAGUGAAAUAGAAACGCGUCCGAGUGACUUUUACUAGAAUAAGCGCGGCGCAGAUUCCGACACUGCUUUCACCGUACACACGCACCAUCUUUUCCCUCUCACAUCAUCUUCUCACUUUUUAAUAACUGCAUACUUCAUACUUAUUCUCACUCACAACCACACACACACAUAACAAAUACAAAAUCAAACAAAACUAUACUAUCAAAUUAAAUUAAUCGUCACCGCCGUCUCUUCCCCAAAUCAAUCAUUUUCUGCUGAACCUCUCACUAUCUACCGGAGCUAUGUCCACUAACGAAGAUUUCCAAGGUGUUUCAAAUUGUUAUGUGUUCAAGAGCCGGGUGCAGGAGUAUGCUCAGAAAGCUGGACUCCCCACACCUGUCUAUGAAACUAUCAAGGAAGGGCCUUCUCAUGAACCUUCUUUCAGGUCAACGGUGAUUGUGAAUGAUGUUCGGUAUGAUUCUUUGCCUGGCUUUUUUAACCGGAAAGCAGCAGAGCAGUCAGCUGCAGAGGUUGCUUUGGUGGAGUUGGCCAAAUCUGGUGAAGUUAAUCAAUCAGUCACUCUACCUGUUCAUGAAACUGGAUUAUGCAAGAAUUUACUUCAGGAAUAUGCACAGAAGAUGAACUAUGCAAUGCCAACUUAUCAUUGCAAAAAGGAUGAAACACCAGGUAGAACAACGUUAUUUUCAUGUACAGUCGAUAUUGGUGGGAUUCUCUAUAUAGGGGGGAUGACAAAAACAAAGAAGGAAGCAGAGAUUAAAGCUGCAAGAACUGCUUUAUUAGCUAUCCAGACAAAUGCAUCCCAGGCUUCUCAAAACCAGUUUGGCUAUUUAACAGUCAUUCCAUCCAGGAAAAGGGCAACUGAUUCUGUCGCUGUUGUCGACGAGGCUUCAAAGCCUAAGAAAGCACGCUUUAAAAGGAAAUUUCCCAAGAGGAAACCAUCUAGAGAUAAGAAGCGCCAUAUUCUCACUGAUAAUGCUGGCAUUGGAGCAAAUAUCAAUCCCGGGGUAGAAUCACUUGUGACUGUUAAUGAUGAAUCUGGCCUCCAUGAAACCAAAUCCGAAGCAGCAGCUUUCCCUUCAGAAGCCAUGAAGAAUUAUGAGAACGGAGUAUCAACUGACCAUUGUGAGAAAGAGACAUUAGCUUGGGACGGGUCUUUCGCUUUGAAUAAUCAAGAGAUAUUUGAAAAUGGGAAGUCAUCAGAAUUGCAUUUCACAGAGAACAGUUUUGGGAAUGUUGUUACAGAAGCGGCGUUCGUGCCUAUGCCUAACGGAUACAUACCGCCGAUGAUUGUGGAGAUGACCGAACAACAUUGUAAUGGAGAUAUAGUCUCUGGCAAUGAGGGGUUUUGAGGCUUAAAUUAUUAAUUAUUAAUUAAAUGAUUACAGUGGAAGAAAGAUCUAACAAGGAGCAGACAUUCAUUAGGAUUAUUAGGAAAGCUUGAGGAUUUAAACAGUUUUUCUUUGUUGGGUGUCACUUAGGAAAGUAGAAUAUAGGCUAUGAUAUGAACCAAAGAUAAUAUUGUAACUGGUCAUGGUGUUUCAGACCAUUAAUUUACUUAUUGUAUUAUUAAAAAAUCUAUCUAUCUGCUCCAUUUUUCCGGAACAUGGGACAGCAUGUACAAGAAGGGAUAAUAUGACUUCUAGCCAAAUUGGUGGGUUUCAGACCAUUAAUUUACUUAUUGAAUAUUGAGCUA